UGUAUAAAAAGAUACAACCAAUAUCUUCUCCAAUUACAUAAACUUUCACAACUCUUUAUCCACCAUUAUUGCAAUGGAUUCCUUUACAAACAACCAAGUGAUCCCUGUUAUAGAUUUCUCCAUUGAAAACCUCCAACCCGACUCGGAAACCUGGAUGCUCACCAGCAAGAAAAUACUCCGAGCUCUAGAAGAAUUCGGCUGUUUUGUGGCGAACUACACUAAGGUUUCCACUUACCUCCGCGAAGCAAUGUUUAAAGCAUCAAAAGAUUUGUUUGAACUUCCCAUUGAGAUCAAAAUGAAGAACAUUUCAAAAACACCAUAUAUUGGUUACGUGGGGCAGUUACCUUUCAUCCCUUUGUUUGAAGGCUUGGGAAUAGAGGAUGCAACUACUGUUAAAGGAGUUCAAAGUUUCACUAGUACAAUGUGGCCAUCUGGAAAUCAAUUUUUCUUUUUACGCAGCGAAACAUCACUUAUGUUCUCGAGGAUUGUGGCGGAGUUGCAUUACAAGGUGGUGAGGAUGGUGGGGGAGAACUAUGGUGUAGAGAAGGAAUGUCAAACUCUUAUUGCCUCAACCUCUUAUCAUCUUCGUUUAUUGAAUUAUAAAUUGCCUGAAAGGGAUGAUCAAACCAAUGUAGGGUUUAUUCCUCAUACUGAUACAACAUUCAUGACAAUUCUUCACCAAAACCAUGUCAAAGGUUUAGAGAUUAAAAUCAAGGACUCCGAGGAAUGGGUCUUUGUUGAUUCCUCUCCUUCUUCAUUUGUUGUCAUUGCUGGCGACGCCUUAAUGGCGUGGACAAACGGGCGAAUAAAGUCGGCAUAUCACCGAGUGAUAAUGAGAGGAAAAGAAGAAAGAUUUUCGGUGGGACUUUUCACAUUCAUUAAAGACAUUUUGGUGAAAGCCCCCGAAAAAAUGGUGGAUGAAGAACAUCCAUUGUUGUUUAAGCCAUUUGAUAAUUAUAAACUAAUGGAAUACCUUAUUACAGACGAGGCAAAGAAUUCCAAUUGCCCUUUCAACUCCUUCUGUGGACUCUAUCCUUCUCUUAAUAAAAAGUAA